AUGAAUGGCAGUUAUGUUCCUGAAACAGAGGAGCAGUGGCACUUCAUUGACACUCGGCAGCUGACAGUUAAGAUUUCAGCUCAUAAGAUUACAGGGAUGCUUCAGGAGGUAUAUGUCCCACGACUUUACAAACUAGAUUUGGAAGUUUUAGCAAUAACUUUUGCUUUGUCUUUUGCCCUUAGCAAGUGGGACCACAUGUUAACUCAUACAGAAGAGGAUCCCUUUAAGUGUGAGAUUUGCCAUAAAAAAUUAAUAAACAAAUUUAGUCUGAAGCAUCAUAUGUUGAUACAUUCGGGUGUUAAGCAAUUUGAUUGUGAUAUUUGCAGCAGGGCCUUCUUGCGAAAACCUAACCUAGAAGUACACAUGAGACUGCAUACUGAAGAGAAGCCCAACACCUGUAACAUAUGCAACAAGUCAUUUAGAGCUCACUAUACGUUAAUUAAACACAGUAGACUUCAUACUAAAGAGAAACAGAGUACAUGA